AUAUCUUCACAGCUCGCUAGUUUCGCGCGCUUUUACGAAUCUGCACGAAGUCAGCUGACGAAAGGUUUUCUGAUUUUCCAUUGGAGACAACGAGGAGAAGGUUGCAAGGCGAUCAAUAUCCUUCGUGUGAUGGAAAUUUCUUAUUGUUGGAGGAGCUGAAUCAUCGUCAAAUCCCAUCCACAGGAUCAAUAUGAUGACGAGCGAUCCUACUGUGGUUGUCGUCGAAGACGAGGAUGGCAAAGCGGAGAAGAUCACUUCACCAACUGCUGCUGCCUCUGCAAGAUCUCCAAUGACUCCGUGCACCCCAUCCACGCCUAUGAGCCAGGAGGUGAGCAUGGUAUCCGACAGCAACGGUUCAUCGUUCACACCACAGUCAGUGAAGAGAGCUGGCACGGAUAUUUCUAAUCUGCCCGUCUCUACACCGAAGCGACCAAAGCAAGUAAAAGUAAGACGAUCGCCAGCUGAGAUCGAGCGAGAGAAGCAGGAAAAGGAAGAUCGGCGUUUAGAACGUGUAAAGCAAGCAGAGGAGGCUCGCAUUCGUAAAGAGGCCGAACAGAAGCGAAAGGACGAGGCCAGACUAAAACGUGAAGAGGAAAAGCGUAAGCGUGACGAAGAGAAGCUGAAACGUGACGAAGCCAAACAGCUUGCUCUUAAGGCGAAACAAGAAGAGAAGGACAAGAAAGAGGAAGAGCGUUUGAAGAAAGAGGAUGAAAGGAAGAAGAAAGAAGAUGAAAAGAAAGCCGUUGAAGACGCAAAGAAGAAAGAGAAAGAAGCGAAGAGUCUGAAAGAAAAGAAAGAGAGCAAGCAGUUUCUCAACUUCUUCAAGUCACCCGUAGAAAAGGCGCCGCCAACACCCAGAAGGGUGGCACUGGUCUCCACCACAUCGCGGUUUCCUCCGUUUCAGGUUCAGCCCGGCAUGACCCUUGCACCUAUCUUGCGUCGUGAUCCUCUCCGGGAUACGCGGGAAUUUGACCAAGCGUUACAGCUUGGAACAUGCGACACUCCACUGUACUUGUUGGAACUUGCUGAUCGGGUAAAGAACCAGCGCUAUCGUCUUGUUGGCCCAAAACGGAAAGAACGAGAGUCUGGCUUGCAUCCCAAGAUGUUGCAGUUUAAAGAGAAUCAUCGGCCGGCGUACUGGGGCACCUGGCGCAGAAAGAGCAAGACCGUGCGCGGACACAAGCCGUUUGCGCGCGAUGACGGUAUGGACUAUGAUUAUGAUAGCGAGGCGGAGUGGGAAGAAGAGGAACCAGGAGAGAGCUUAUCAGAUAGCGAGGGAGAGGAGAAGGAGAAGGAAGACGGAGAAGAAGACGAGGAGGACAAUGACGGCUUUCUUGUUCCGCAUGGCUACCUAUCCGAUGAUGAGCGCGACGGUAGUGACUUGGAACAAGAGCUGGAUCCUCAAGCGGCUGCGUUGCUUAGAAAAGUCGCUCCGACUGGUGGAGUCCUGGCUGGUCCAGAGCAGCUCAAGCGAUUUCCCGUCAUGCCUCUUCUUGCCGCUUGUCCUGUUAAUCCGCUGGCAUUCACCUUAGCCGCAGCCGCACCGACCAAGAAGAUCGUAACGUUACUUAAGGUUCCCGCGUCAAAAUGAGGCGCGCGCGACCGUGCGUGCGUCAGCUUUAGGUGUUGCCCGUGUGUGUGUGUGUGUGUGUGUAUGCGUGUGUCCAUCAGGCGAGCGUAGGACAGUCGAUAGUAACACUGUGUGUUGCUGCUGCUGCUGUGGUGGUGGUGGUGGCAGCGACUGCUUGAUCCUCUAGUUUGUACAUACUGAAGUAGGUAUUUUAUGAUAGUAGUAGUAGCAGCGGCGGUGGUGGCAUUGCGAUACACGUCCGCGCACCGCUACUGCCUGUACAGUAAGACAUCGGUUUUCAUCGCAUAUUAAACGGACUGACUGAACAUAACAGUAUUAUGCAUUUUCACAAGUGUGUGUGAGCGAGUGUACAUUGCUGCAGCGGCUCUGCGCCGAACCUUUGCGUUGCUACUGCGCUCAUCUAUCCUUGUGUUCCAGGCUGUCACACGAGACUUUUUAGCUUCUUUUUUAUUUGCUGUACUUCGAACAAGAAGUACCUAGGUGCCUAUAUCAUCGCUGUUGCCAUGGACACCCGAUGUUGCCAUGGAUAUCCGCUGUUGCCAUGGAUACCAGUAUGAAUUUAGUAGCGUUGCAUUCUCUUUGUUUUCUCCCAUGCUCUACACACGCGCAACGUGACGCGACGAGAACAGUUUUUUUCCAGGUUUUCAAAACUAUUUACUAUCUUAUUUUGCGUCCCCUUUCAGCUUUGCCGCUUUUCGGCACUCCGCCGUCGUCCCCUCCUGCGGUCUGCGUAGCCAUGGUUACAGUGCUCCUGGAUAGCGAUGUUUGUAUGUGUCGUGUCAUUGGUGCGUGCACUGUGGCAGUGCGGUUCGCUGCUCGCUGAACAGUUCGGCCCACUGACAAUCCUCAGUCGCUGCUGCUGUUGCUACAGUGCUGCUGCUAGUGCUGUGCUGUAUGUGUGUGUGUUCUAGCUCGAUUCUCUCUGAACUGCACUCGUCUGGAGUCUUGCCUAUUGUGCUGCUGUUGAGUUGUCGCCAGCAAAUGCUCACCGCCCGUCGUGUACAGUUGUAGUUUCCACAAAGGUCUUAUUUUCGUAUAGCCGUUUGGUUGGGCUGGGCGAUAUCUGAGCCGCUCAACCCUCUGUCAGUCUGUGUGCUCUUGCGCACUCUGUUUCUUUUUUUUCUGGUGUGCCAAACUGCUCACCUAACUAACUAACACUAUCAUCUACCUGAUCUACUGGCAGCAUGGUGCUGCUGGCCACUGA